AUGCUUUAUUUGAUUUGCAGUGUCUGCCUUUUCAGCCAAUCGACAGGCGGCAUUGGAAUCCGAGCGACAGAAUCGCGUGGUGCUGUGAUAAGCCCUGUUACAGCGGCCGAGCCCAAACCAGAGUUGUCCUCUGAUCGGGCAAUCCUGAGCCCCAGGGAUGAGUACUCGAGCGGUGGCAACGCGAAAGCUGAUAGAGGAACCGUUGGUCACAUUUUGCACUUUUCGGACGUGCACCUCAACAUUUCAACGUCGCGCAACGACAGCGAGUCAGCUGCAAUCCCUACCGUGUACGGAAAAGACGCACCGAUCACUUUGCUCGUCUCGGCCUUGGCGUAUGCAAAGAAGGUGCUGCCCAAACCGGACAUGUUUCUCUUUACGGGGGACAGCGUCGUGCGUGGAAAUAUGACGGAAGAGUACCUCGCUGAGGUUGUCGAGAAGAACGUCAAGACGAUGGCCAAGUAUUACGCAACGUCUGACAGUAACAAAAUGAAGGAUGUCACUACUGUCGUUGGCAAUGCUGACACAAACCCUGGCUAUAGGAUGAAUCUGACAGACCCAACGACUGAGGAGAACCCGCAAAUCGCAUUGAUUGCAGGUACGUGGCAAGAUUCGCUGUCUAAAGCCGACCUUGACUUGUUCAAGCGCCGCGGAUACUUGGCGUACGCUUUGGACGACACUUUGACCGUCCUUACACUGAACACACUUCCUUACUCGCCAAGCCAUGAACCCAAUACGUCAGAUGUGCUUGACCCGUUCGGGCAGUUUGCGUGGUUGAAUGCCUCGUUAGCUGCCUUGCAGAGCGCUGGCCAGUCAUGCUUCAUUGUCGGUCAUAUUCCGCCCGUUAUCUCCUCGUUUGGUGGUUCGCCCAUGUGGAACGAGACGUACAUCAGAACGUACAAGAAAAUUGUCGGCCAGUACUCCGGUAUCAUCAAAGCACAGCUUUUCGGCCACGUUCACAGCAUCGAGUUCCGCUUGCCUCUUUCAUGUAGUCUGGGCGCUCAAUUCCAGCGAGCGGGUGUGCUAGGCGACGACGCUAUUGAAGAUAAGGCAGACUUGGUGCCAUUGUUCAUGACAGGGGCGAUCUCUCCGAUCUUUUCGAGCAACCCAGCAUUCAUGGUCUGGGAUUACGAUGUCACCACCCACGAUUUGCUCGACUUCACGGUUCACGGCGGCAACAUUUCGUCUACUUCUGGAACGGUGGACUGGCAGCCGCUCUUUAAAGCGAGCCAGGAGUAUGGUGUCAGCACGUUGAAAGCGUCGGAGAUUGUCAACUUCGUGAAGCGUGCAGAAACCGAUGCAAAGCUUCUCGAGGAGUACUACUUCAACUCAAAGGCCCAGUCGCGUCUCCAGUCGGAUUGUCAGGACGCAACGUGCCAAGCCGAGUGGCUGUGUUCUCUUUACUGGUUCUCGACGGUGCGAGACUACGAUGCUUGCGUUGCAUUUACCACGGCGUCGAAGUCAAACACGACUACGUCCACUACGUCCACUAUCCAGUAA